CGCGCAUGCGAACUUCGCUCUUUUUCCAUUGACAACUGCACAAACGUGAGGUUGUCUGUGGUUUAUAAUAUAAUUUUUUAAUAUCAAAGACAUCCUUUAAGGAUUUAAGUUCUAAGAUGGUGCAAAAGAAGCCCAAGAAGAAGUCAGGCAAAAAGGUGGCCGCAGCCCCUCUAGCUGUGAAAAAAGUUGAAGCAAAGAAAGAAGUAAACCCUCUUUUUGAAAAAAGGCCUAGGAAUUUUGGAAUUGGUCAAGAUAUUCAGCCCCCAAGAGACUUAUCAAGGUUUGUUAAGUGGCCCAAAUAUAUUCGCAUUCAAAGACAAAAGGCUGUUUUACAAGCAAGAUUGAAAGUCCCACCACCAAUCAACCAAUUUUCCCAAACCAUUGACAAACAAACAGCCACUCAACUUUUUAAAGUUUUGGAAAAGUACAGGCCAGAGACUGCACUACAAAAAAAGAAUAGGUUAAAAGCUAAAGCUGAAGCUAAAGUAGCAAAAAAAGAAGAUGCGCCCACCAAAAAGCCAAAUACCUUAAAAGCUGGUACAAAUACCGUUACUAAACUUAUUGAGCAGAAAAAGGCCCAAUUAGUCAUCAUUGCACAUGAUGUAGAUCCAAUUGAAUUGGUACUUUUCCUGCCAGCUUUAUGCAGAAAAAUGGGAGUACCAUACUGUAUAGUUAAAGGCAAAGCAAGGUUGGGGCUUCUUGUAAGACGCAAAACGUGUGCUGCUAUUGCCCUUACACAAGUUGAUUCUGGAGAUAGGUCAAACUUCAACAAACUCUUGGAGGUCAUCAGGACCAACUUCAAUGACAGAGCUGAUGAAAUCAGGAGGCACUGGGGUGGCGGUCUACUUGGUUCCAAAUCAUCAGCCCGUGUUGCCAAAUUGGAGAGGGCCAAGGCUAAGGAACUUGCUCAGAAACAGGGCUGAGUCAUUCAUUAAAAUUCGAUUCUUGUUUUUAUCUACAGGACUUGUAAUAAUAAAUAAAUUUAUAAGAUUAUUGUUUUUUAAUUUUUAUUUUUAUUUAGAGAAAAAUCCCUAUUCCUUGCAUAAUGAGGAUAAGUUAUCUGAGGAAUCAAGAGUUUUGUUUGUUAUGGAAUGGGGGACAAGGUU